AUGAAAAAUCUCAUGAAUAUAACAUUGCCUCCCAACUACGAUGGUAACUGGGCUGGUGUUCAGUACUCUACCAACGCAAGAAUCAUGUUCAAUUUCUUUCCUGCUUCACAAGCUGCCAAAAAAUCUGAUUCAUUUUUUUUUGAAAAUGGAGGGACGAACACUGCUGGCGGUUUAGCAAAAGCAAAAGAUUUAUUUGAUGAUUCUACGAAAGGAAGCCGUCGUGGUGCACGUCAAAUGGUGUUCCUUGUGACAGAUGGACAGUCAAACAUAAGUCGUCGUCAAACAGUUCCAAAUGCAAAGAAACUGAAAGAUGACGGUGUAGAAAUCUUAGUUAUCGGUGUUGGAUAUUUUAGCCGUGGAAUUGAAGAAAUAUUUCAAAUUGCUACAUUACCAGUAGAAGAUCAUAUUCUCAGAUUUAGGAACUAUAGAGACAUGAUCAACGUUGUCAAUCGUGUGGUCGAAGAAAUUAAUCCAGGUCAAUAUGCAAUCGUUGCGAAAAUUCCUUCUUCAUGUUUAACAUGA